UACCGCGGAAAAAUACAGAGUGUAUUUUAUGUCAAAAUCGUAUACUGCUGCAUCUGGGAAAUUAAUGGAAUUGAACCCCUUACAAGCGUCUUUAAUGCGAACGGAUUACUGAAAUCUCGUUUAUUGUAGCUUGCUGAACAGUAUUGAAAUAAAUAUCGCUCGAUUGCUGGCUUUAGAUGUGCAGAUUAUGAGGACUUGCUGAGGCAAGUGGUCAGACAUGGCAGCGACAAGAAAGUUGCAAGGUGAAAUCGAUAGGUGUUUAAAAAAGGUAACGGAAGGAGUCGAAACGUUCGAAGAUAUCUGGCAGAAGGUGCACAAUGCGACGAACAGCAACCAGAAGGAGAAGUACGAGGCGGAUCUCAAAAAGGAAAUCAAGAAGUUACAGAGGCUACGCGACCAAAUUAAAAGUUGGAUCGCGUCGGGCGAGAUUAAGGACAAAAGCACCUUGAUGGAAUAUCGGAAGCUAAUCGAAACGCAAAUGGAAAGGUUUAAAAUAGUGGAGAGGGAGACUAAGACAAAAGCGUAUUCCAAAGAAGGUCUGGGGGCGGCGCAGAAACUGGAUCCGGCGCAGAAGGAGAGAGAGGAGAUGUCGAGCUGGUUGGUCGGGUGCAUCGAUCAGUUAAACAUUCAGAUAGACUCGUUUGAAUGCGAGAUUGAAUCUUUACUGGCGAAUAAGAAGAAAAAGUUAGACAAGGACAAGCAGGAACGGAUGGACGAGCUGAAGGCGAAGCUCGAAAAGCACAGGUUUCACAUUCGCAAGUUGGAGACGAUACUCCGGAUGCUGGACAACAUGUCGGUCGAAGUGUCACAGAUCAAACAAAUAAAAGACGACGUCGAGUAUUACAUCGACUCCUCGCAGGAUCCCGAUUUCGAGGAGAACGAGUACAUAUACGACGACAUAAUCGGUUUGGACGAGGUCGAAUUGUCGGGCGUCGGUCUGCCGUCGUCGGCGACGACCGACAGCAACGAGACGGGAGGAACGCCGACGUCGAUUAUCUCGGGAUCGUCGCCGAUAGCGUCGCCGUUACUGACGAAUCCGCCGUACAAUCAUUCCAGCGACAGCUCGAACGAGGAGAAGAAGAAUCAGUUCAAGGACGUGCCGAAGCCGGUCAAGCCGACCGCGGUGCGGGCGACGAGCACGAACCUGAACAGUAGCAGCAAUUCGACGUUAAAUUCGAGCGGGAAUAGCGCGACGUCGACGCCUAGCAGUAAACCUACGUUAGUAAGCAGCACGCCUAGUAAACCGUCGUCGGUUCGAGAGUGUUCGCCGGUUCCUCACGUACCCACAACGGGAAAUUUCGCCGCCGUCGCCGCCAAUAAUAUUUUAAAAUCUAUCGCAUGUAAUAACGAAAGUGUUCCGACUUCUGUGAUAAGUACAAGUAAUCAAUCGGUGAUCUCGACGUCUACGGUUACGAAUACUAUCCACCAUACUGUGGCUGCUCAGGCUGGUAAUACGCAUCAAGCGAAUCACACUGCUCAAAACUUAUCCAUCACCUUACAAAAGAACAACUUUGCGGAACAAAUCACGAACAACUGCGUCAGUCCCGUGUCUAGCGUAAGCAGUCGAACGUCGCCAAUGAUCGACAUAACCUUACAGGCGUUAAACCAACCGAUAAUGAACGGACCGACGACGGACAGCAAGAUUGCAGAUGGCAUGUCAUCGUUGAAAACGAUCGCGCAGCAAGUGAUCGACCGUGCCGGUCUGGAUGGGAAUCAAGUAAUGUUAGACACCAAUAAAGUUCAAAAUAAUAGUAAAUCGGAAGCCCAAAUACCUCCACUUUUAGGAGUGGCACCUCUCGGCGCGGUGCCACUGCAGAAAGAGCACCAGGCGCAAUUCCAAAUGAUGGAAUCGGCCUUCUUUCACAUGCCCCACCCGUCCGACUCCGAAAAGCUCCGCACCUACCUGCCCCGAAGUCCGUACCACACGCCCCCCUACUACUUACAAAGUCCGUUACCCCACUCGGACACGCUAGAAUUCUACCAGAGGCUUGCGACGGAAACGCUUUUCUUCGUCUUUUACUACAUGGAAGGGACCAAGGCCCAAUAUUUGGCGGCGAAAGCUUUAAAAAAACAAAGCUGGAGGUUUCACACCAAGUACAUGAUGUGGUUUCAGAGGCACGAAGAGCCGAAGAUCAUCAACGAAGAGUACGAGCAGGGGACGUAUAUUUAUUUCGAUUACGAAAAGUGGGGUCAACGAAAAAAGGAAGGGUUUACAUUCGAGUAUAAGUACUUAGAAGAUCGCGACCUGAACUGAACACCUCCAUGACCUACUUCUCGUUUUAAUUGAGACAAUUUUUCAUUCUAACAUCUGCAUCUCCGAGGUCACCAAGCAUUUAUUUUAAUUGUAAAUAGUAAAGUAAUAUAUGCCGGCAUGGUGCUUAUUAAA